UAGUAGUAGUGGCGAGAGAAGGAGGGAGACAGGCAGGGAACAAACCGUUGUUUGAAGGAAUAUUUCAUGUACGGAAAACUUUCUUAAAUUUCUAAGUCGUAAAAUAUUUAAUGCACAUUUUUACUGCUUGUAAAUGGCACUCGGUCUUUCGGCGUAUGAAGAUACUAAACUGAAGCACAGAGGAGGAAGAAGGAACACAGAAAAGGAGUACCAGUUUGAAGUCGGGCGUUUACUGUCUUACAAGGAUUUGUCGUCUGCUGUAACUAGCGCAUCACCUACACGCCUCGCGAAAGCAGGGUUCUUUUAUAUGGGAAGAGGGGAAGAGGUGCGCUGUUAUAGCUGUCGUGUAGUGAUAAAAGACUGGAAGAUCGGAGACAAUCCUUUUAAGAAACACUCAGCGCUAUCUCCUCAUUGUUUACAUAUACUUGGACAAGAUGAAAACAACGUCCCGAUUAUGGCACCAACCGAUAACAAAACGACUUCAUCCACACAGCAGAUACGCGCUGUAGCUGAUGCACUAGACAGCAGGCGGCCAUUGUCUUCUCUAACGCAAUCCACAACACAAUCCCGAUUUCAAACAAGACGCACAGACUUAGAUGAGCCAGACAACGCCGCCGCGGCUGCUAACAAUACUACGCCAAUAAGUAGACAGUCUCCAAGUCCAGUUCCUCUCCAGAGUCAUCUUAACCAUGAAGACAGCUCUCAUGCUGAUUCUAUGCGAGACGAACUUACAAGACUGGCGACUUUUCAAAGUUUUCCCACUACGUGUCCCGUUCGACCGGCAGACCUCGCUCGAGCCGGCUUCUUCUACGUGAACGUUGAGGACAUGGUGAAGUGCGCCUUCUGUGACGGAAUGAUCAGAAACUGGGAGAGGGGGGACCGCGCCUUUGACAAACACGCCAGACACUUCCCUAAUUGCUCCUUCGUACAACAGAGCCAGCGUAAUAUAGAGUCUAACAAUCGCCCACAUUUUAGCUCAAGUAAUUUUUCUUAUAACUUAGAUAGAGGUGUAUCAACCCAAAAUAAUGUUACUAGAAAUUCUCAAAGCAGCGUCCCUGGUUCAGAGAACGGUUCUCGUGGUUUUCAAAGAGGUAUAAUUUUAGAUAAUCUGAUAGAAGAUAAUCCCAUAGUAACGGACAGACCAAAACAUCCAGAAUAUGCUUUAGAACAGAACAGGAUAAACACCUUCCGCACGUGGCCCAUAGAUAAGAAACAAACGCCGAGAGAAUUAGCUACAUCCGGGUUCUUUUAUGCAGGGUUUGGGGACAAUGUAAAAUGUUUCUUCUGUAGCGGAGGUCUUAGAAACUGGGAACCCCAGGAUGACGUAUGGACUGAGCAUGCGCGAUGGUUUCCUAGGUGUGGGUUUGUUAAACAAUGCAAGGGUGUAGCGUUCAUUAGGGGAGUGGCUCAGCAGAAUGCAAAUAAUGGUAGUUCAUUUCACGUAGAAGCGCGCGAGAUAAAGGCUAGGCUAGACACACCCGCUGCUCAGAAAGUUAUUGAGAUGGGGUACUCACGUGACUUGGUGAGAAAAACGAUAGAAAAGCGUCUGAGAACCACGGGAGACGAUUUCCCCAAUUUGCAAACUUUCAUAGAAGGUUUAUUAGACAUUGAGGAGGAAGAGAAGAGGGCGGCGCAAAAUAGUCAGCAAAACGAAAGUGUAGGCGCUUCAGCUAAUCAAACCUCUAACCAAAAUUCCGCUAAAAACAGGAAGAAGACAGAAAAGCCCAAAAAUGUAAGCCCUAAAGCCCCAAAUAAAGAAAAGGAGAGUCCCGCUACAGCAGACAAGAUAAGAAAGGAAAACGCUGAGUUAAAAGACCAGAGAAUGUGCAAGGUAUGCAUGGAUGAUGACUCGUCUGUUGUUCUGUUGCCGUGUGCCCACCUCGUGUGUUGUACCACGUGCGCGCCCGCACUUUCCAAUUGUCCCAUCUGCAGGAGUGCUAUUCGUGGCACCGUGAAGGCGUUUUUGGCAUGAUCAAAGUAUUCAAAUUUUACAUCUUACAUUUAUCAUUGAAGCCAUUUGUUGGACUUUUGAUUUCCAAAAUAUCUCAAGGUUGAAUUAUUUAGAUUUAUUUUGAUAACCCUAUAUCCCGUAUUUUAGACAAACCACUUAAAACGGAACAGUUUGAAGCUAAAGUAGACGGUACUUUUUCGCUAAAUUAUCAACAAUUGAUUUAAUUUGUCUGCAAAUGCAUUACCAGAAUUUGAAUAUAUUUAUGUAUAUUCACUUAAUUACAGUUCUUGUUAUUUCGAAUUGGACUGUCAAGCCCACCUGACGAGUUCACAAGAACGAAACACACGUGGUAACGUCAUCACUCACCACCGCACGCGGCAACUUGACAACAUGUGCAUUGUCACUUAGCAACAAUAUUGUGUCGUGGGUAACAUCUGUACAGAUCCAUCCUUUCUACAUUUUUUUUUCGGUCCAGAACUGCUGCUUUUCAUCAUUGCAGUUAUCGAUUAGGAUCAGUUAUUGAUAUAGUUAAAGUCAACGUUUCAUGUUAAACUUGUCUGUUGUGGCAAUAGUAGUAAGUUUGACAGUAAAAGGGAAAGGUGAAAAUGUUCCUUUUUUUUGUGAAAUAAGUCAUCUAUUAUAAAGUAUUUUCCAUUCUCUCCUCUUCAUCACCAAAAGCAACAUCUUUCCGAAUUUAAUAUCAUUAACCCAGUUACCGAUACAAGAAAAGCAAAAGCAACAUAUAUUGUUAAAGUAUUUAGUAUAUUGAUGGAGAUUUAUACAUAUAUGUAGGCCUGACACAGAGGAAAAGGUCCAUCCACACAUAUAUUAUAUACAUUAUUCUAUUCACACUAAGGAAGAGAGCGUUCCAGAACUUGAUAAAGCACCGACAACGUACAUAAAUAUAGGACCUAUUUGUUAUUUUAUAAACAGCAUAUAUUUUUCUACAGUAGGUGAGGGAGUGUGCUCCUGUAAAAGGAAAAAGUUCAAUAAUACUCAUGGCGUACAUGCCACUGACCAAGUGUGGAAUUUAGGUCAUAUUUUUCCUAAUAAUGCCAAAACACAGUAUUAACACACCUGUUAAGAUGAGAAUCACGUUUUUCAACAGUGAUAGAAUAUUUCUGUUUAAAGCCAUUCGACACAUGAUGUUUGUGUAUUACGUGGGAUAUGGUUUAUUAUUUUCAAACUUGUCACUUCAAAUAUUAUCAAUGCAGAACAAUAUUUUUGUUUUAUCCAAAUUGCGGCUUGAAAGAUUUAUAUUUUCUUAAGAUAUAGCUGGUAUAUUAUGUUUAACGUCCAAGUCAUUUAAAUACGUAUAUUUUUAAAAUAUGUAUAAGCAUCUUGUAUAAUUAGCAUGUCUUUCAAAUCCAAUUGUUUAUACAUUAUCAAAAUAUUAAUUGUAAUUACUGACAGACUCUCAUGAUAAAAUACGUGUAUUUACAUUCUAAACCAUUCGGCACAUGCUAAUUUUUUCAUAAUUGUCACUUUAUAUACAGUUAUUAUCAAUGCAAAAAAGUCAUGCCAUUUACAAAAAGGAAAGCAGACAUAGUAUCUUAUUUAUUUGCUUUAUCCAAACAAAAAUUGUGUAUGUUUUAAAUCCUCUUUUAUUCAAUAUAACCUUUAAAAAAUAUAUAUGAUAUAUUUUUUUAAAGUUCGAACACUUUAAUCACAUAGAUAAUCUUGAUUAGAUAAGUGAUAAGCAUGAUUUUUUUAAUAUUUACGUUUUAUGUGGUAUAAAAUAUCUAGUUUUGAAUUUUUA